AUGGACUCGCCUGACAAUGCAGCAUUUGUACAAAGACAAGCAAUGAAUCGGUCCACCUUCUACAUGUUCCUUUUCUUCUUUUGGCUCUUGACACUCAACUUCUCCGAAGAUGAAGCUGCACGACGAGCACGCCCUUCCAUUGACACCGUCAUUGAUGCUCUCAACGACGAAAAGGAAUUCCUAGGCAAUGUCACUUUUGGUGUCAACGUCACCCAUCCCCUCCCAUCCUCCGUCAAAGAACAGGUCCAGCAACUCCAAGAGCUGAAGCGCCCUGGUGCUCAUUACUAUCACAACAUCACUGGUGUCUUCAGAGGCGACUGGCAAAGUGAGAAUGUGACAUUACCGGACAAUGAGCCAUCCAACAAUCAAACGCUUCUCAAUGAGGCCUGGGGCGAGUUUCAAGUAGAAGACAAAGGUUCAUUCACGUUCAACAUCAUCAAAUCUGUACAAUCAACCGAUGAAAAUAUCAAUUACGUGGAGGGCUAUAUGCGACUACGAGAUUCUAAUAAGGUGGAUUAUGGCGCAUUACUGCUGGCAGAUGGCGUGCAUUUUCGUAACGAUGGUUCAAUCUACCUUGUCGGCGCUUCCAAUAGGUCAAUCUCCUAUUCUGAAGACCUGCUACACAUGUUGCCCACGAAUCAGUCAAUGGAUCAGACACGUCAAGUCAUCUUAGAAGAAAUGGAUAAGCGUAUUGAGGAACUUGAAGAGUUAGCAUCUUGGAGUGAUCAGGGACCUGAAGACAUGUCAUUUUCGACGGAUUUCCAGUGCAUGUUUGAAAUGUUUAUACAAUUGCAUCCAGUACCCGAUGAUGUCAAACUCUUACACCUUUUGGAAUAUGAGAGAGAACUUGAGAAUCCACAAGGCAUCACCACCAUCAAGGCACCUCCAUUGAAAAUGUCGAGCGUCAUGUAUUCACCAAAUUGUGGAGUAUCUAUUACAUCCAAUGACAGUGAUGGCACACGCAUCGAGAAGUUUUACAACAAGAGCAUCCAUUAUGCUACCAUGGCAACCAUCAUCGCCCUCGUUCAAAUUUUCAGCUUGAUCAACCAGAUGGAAUAUACCUCCACGCCCUCGAGCGUGUCCAAUGUCUCCUACUGGACUAUUGCCAUGCAAGCCAUGAUGGAUGGUCAUUUGUGUCUACUGCAUUUGACAACAGGUGUUGUCGUCGAAUCCGUAUUCAUGCCAUUUGCAGCUGCAGCAUUCUUCAACUUUAUUUUGGUGUCAGUAUUCAGCAUGCGCUACUUGCUUCUCAUUUGGCGAAUCCAACGACCUGAAAAUACACGCCCGGCACCAGCAACUCAAUCAGCGAACGAAGACAACCCAAAUACAAACGUGAACGAACAGCAAACGAUUCUUCCCCUUGCCACAAACCGUGGACGUUCAAUGAUCGCUGAAAAUGAUUCGCCACGUGAUGUUAGCAUACUUUAUUAUCGUCUAUAUGUCUUACUGUUGCUUGGAUUGUUUAUCUUUUAUCAAACAGCGGCACGAUCAGCCUUUGUGCAAAACAUCAUCAUUGGCACGCUUGGAUUUGGAUUCUAUUCAUUCUGGGUCCCGCAAAUUGUAAGAAAUGUGCUCCGUGGAUGUCGCAAACCCCUCAGUCGACGUUAUGUAAUAACAAUGAGCAUCACUCGUCUGGCCAUUCCAUUGUAUUUCUAUGGGUGCCCACACAAUCUUAUUGCCCAUGAGACGUCACCUUUGGUGUGGCUACUUGCGUUGUACGUUGGAUUGCAAGCAUUCAUUUUGUACCUCCAAGAUGUACUAGGACCUCGAUUCUUCGUUUCAGAAAGGUUUUUGCCACAAACAUACAACUAUCAUCCCAUCAUACCGCCAAGCGAUGAAGAGAAUCCAAAUGGACCCAAUGGUGCUGAGAAUGAAGGAGGAGGAGGAGGUUUGCCUCGCGAUUGCGCUAUAUGCAUGCUACCUGUUGAUACCUCGGGCACGGGACCCCCUGGAUUACAUGUACUGGGACGCGCUCAAUACAUGUUGACACCAUGUCAACACUUGUUCCAUACUGAAUGUCUAGAGAAGUGGAUGCGGAUCAAGUUGGAAUGUCCUGUGUGUCGGUCUUAUCUUCCAGCAUCAUGA